AUGUUAACACCUGUAUAUAGUAAGACAAGAAUGUUAACACCUGUAUAUAGUAAGACAAGAAUGUUAACACCUGUAUAUAGUAAGACAAGAAUGUUAACACCUGUAUAUAGUAAGACAAGAAUGUUAACACCUGUAUAUAGUAAGACAAGAAUGUUAACACCUGUAUAUAGUAAGAAAAGAAUGUUAACACCUGUAUAUAGUAAGACAACGAUGUUAACACCAGUAUAUAGUAAGACAAGGAUUUUAACACCUGUAUAUAGUAAGACAAGGAUUUUAACACCUGUAUAUAGUAAGACAAGGAUUUUAACACCUGUAUACAGUAAGACAACGAUGUUAACACCAGUAUAUAGUAAGACAAGGAUUUUAACACCUGUAUACAGUAAGACAAGAGUGUUAACACCUGUAUAUAGUAAGACAAGAAUGUUAACACCUGUAUAUAGUAAGACAAGAAUGUUAACACCUGUAUAUAGUAAGACAACGAUGUUAACACCAGGAUAUAGUAAGACAAGGCUGUGA